AUGGUCUCUGAUUAUUAAUCAUGGGGCUUUUCUGAAUUUAAUUUAAAUGUCGUAGAUACCACUUACAACAUUCUGAAAUUAGUUAAUUAUUCGUUUAGUAAAAGAAUUUUCUCCACUAUAUCUGUAGAUGAUGGGUGGAUGACUAACAACAUAGUUUCCUAAUAAGUAGAUUAAUGCACAGAUUUCAAUUUUUUAAGAUCAACAGGAAAUAAUUUUAUCAAAGAAUUCGUUUUAAAUUUUCAUAAUAGAAUUAACUUGAAUCUGAAAGUCUUAAUAUUCAACUAAGUUUCACCAAUAAUAGAUUUCAAGAUUGAUAACUAAAAGGUAGUAGCUGCAACUUCAGAUUCUUAUGUAUAAUCUUCAAUUCCAUUAUGUUAAAAUUUUAGAGUCAUGUAAGUAAGUAUUACUGAUUUUAUGCAUAAUAGUAAAAAUCUUAGAAUAGAGGUUACAACAUCAACAGAUGGCUCUACUUCUUGGUUUGGAAUCAGAGAUUUUUCAUUAUUUACUAAUAUAUUUGAAAAUUUUUAAUGUAAAGACUUUAACAUUUAGCCAUUUGAUGGGUGUUUCUCUAAUCAAUACGAUUGUAAUUUGGGUUGUAGUAAUUGCGUAAAUGGGAUCUGUAUCAAUUGUUUAGAUGACUGGUAUUUGGAUACAAAAAAUAACUGUAUCCCCAUAUGUGGUGAUCAGAAAUUUAUGUUAAAUGAAGUUUGUGACGACGGUAAUUCGAUUCCAUAUGAUGGUUGCCAUGAUUGCUAAUUUUCUUGUCCCUUAAAUUGUAUCCUUUGUGUUUAUGGAACUUGUAAGGAAUGUGAAAAAUCCUAUUUUCUUGUAAAAAAUAGAUGUAAACAUGGUUUUUAGUUUGAUCAAAACCUUUUUGAACAAUUAGAAACUGGUUUCUUCAGCGAUUGGACUAAUUAUCUUGAAAAAAAUGGCCUUUUAUGUUAUUAAAACCUUGUUGAAAAGUUAAGAACUGGGUUUUUCAACAAUUGGACUAAUUAUCUUGAAACAAACGAUUUUUAAUGUGAAAACCUUAUAAAGCAAUUAGAAACUGGAUUUAGCAACAACUGGACUAAAAGAUUUGACAAAAAUAAUUUCUAAAUUGAAAAUCUUGUUGAACAAUUAGAAACUGGUAUUUUCAACAAUUGGACUAAUUAUCUUGAAAAAAACGAUUUUAAAUGUUAUCAAAUCUUUGUAAAACAAUUAGCGGCUGGUUUUUUUAACUAUUGGACUAAUUAUCUUGAAAAAAAUGAUUUUUAAUGUGAAAACCUUAUAAUACAAAUAGAACCUUAUUUUUACAACAAUUGGACUAAUUAACUUGAAAAAAAGACUUUCAAUGUGAUAACCUUUGAUUGGACUAAUUAUCUUGAAAAAAAUGGCUUUUAAUGUUAACCUAACUCUCAAUAAUAAUCAAUACUCUAAUUUUCUUAAUAGUAUAAUCUACUUUAAAAUAAUUAUCAUGGAUUAAACAUAAUUUAAAGUUUUUCGGUUUGUUAUUUUCCAGAUUCUUUAAUUAUUUAAGAUUAUUAAUCAAAUAGUUAAACUGAAUGUAGAGAAGGUUAUAAAUUUUCGCCCAACACAAGAUAAUGUGUUGAAAUGUGUAAUUGUAAAGAUUUAGUUAGUUUAUAAAAUAAUGAUUGUUAUAAUUGUAUAUAAAACUGCUCAUCAGAAUGUUUAGUAUGUAUUUUAGAUAAAUGCUAUGCUUGUCUUGAGGGAUGGCAGUUGAUUGAACAUAAAUGCUAGCAGAUUUGUGGAGAUAAUUAAGUAGCAUUAACCUCAAAUGAAUAAUGUGAUGAUGGUAAUCAUAUUAUUGAGGAUGGGUGCAAUGAAUGUUUAUUUUAAUGUAGACCUUAUUGCUAAUUUUGCAAUAAGGAAUUAAAUUGUCUCAUAUGUGAAUCAAAUUUCAAGCUGGUACAUCAUUUAUGCGCACCAAUAUGUGGAGAUAAAAUAGUUAUAAGUGGAUUAGAGGAAUGUGAUGAUGGAAAUGAUAUUAAAUAUGAUGGCUGUUUUGAAUGUUAAUUUUAAUGUAAUUUUGGCUGUAAAAUUUGUGAAUCUGGCAAAUGUUAAGAUGUGUGUAAAGUUGAAGAAGAAUUUAUAAAUGUUCUAAUUGAAAGUGAAGAAAUUGAUCCAAAUCAAUCUGAAUGCAAGAAUCAUUGCUUAGUUUGCGAUGGGGCUAAUUGCCUCCGAUGUAAACCAGAUUAUAUUUUGGAAAAUAACAAGUGUUUCUCAUGUGGAAAUGGGAUUAUAACUAAAGAUGAAGAAUGUGAUGAUGGAAACAGGAUCAAUUCUGAUGGAUGUUCAAAUUAAUGUAAAAUUGAAGAGGAUUGGAAUUGCAUCGACUCCUUUUCAUUUUUAAGUUAAUGUUUCCCUAUUGCUAAAAUUUCGAUUGUAUUUUUGAAUUCAACUUAUAACACACAAUAUGUUAAACUAUCAUAUACUAAAAAAGUUAAACUGAAUUAAUAAGACAUUCACUUUUUAGAUUUUAAUGCUAAUUCAAUUAACAUAGAUCCUACUUAUUAUAUUGUUUAUUAUUUUAAUAUUAAUAUUACUCCUGUAAUAGAAAUAGUCUCAAAUGACUCUU